UCCUGUAUAUCUUUGUCCUUCAGGGUGAGAUGAGCUUUGAAGAGGACUGCCUGGUGGAAGGAGGUUGUAAGAGUCUGAUGCACAAUGGAACGGGGUACAGGGAGGUUCGGCAGUAUCAGUCCGAUCACCACCUGGUCCGCUUCUACUUUGUGACCCGCAUCUACUCUUCCUACAUGAAGAGCAUCCUAGAGGACUUCCGCAACGGAUUGAAACCAGAUGUACUCAUUGUCAACUCCUGCGUUUGGGAUAUUUCAAGAUACAAUUCCAUUUGGCUUGAUGCCUACAAGGAGAACCUACACACGUUCUUUAGUGAGCUGCGUGGGAUUCUGCCAGAGGAAACGCUGGUGAUCUGGAACAUCACCAUGCCAUUAGGAGAGAGGAUCAACGGUGGUUUCCUGGUACAGGAGAUUGAGCACAAGUCCUCCCACUUACGUUAUGAUGUGAUCGAUGCCAACUUCUUCAGCGGGACUCUGGCUGACGCCUAUGGGAUGGAUGCGUUGGACCUCCACUUCCAUUUCCGCUUCUCCCUGCAGCAUCGCACGAAGGACGGCGUCCACUGGAACACCCUUGCCCACCGCAAAAUCACCUCUCUGCUGCUCCAGCACUUUGCUCAGGCAUGGGGCGUCCUUCUGCCCUGUCCACUGAAAACUGUUGAACUUUCUGAGAUUACUGCUCAGCAGCAAACCAAUGAAAAUGCUACCAAACCUGAAGGGGUAAAACGAGCAAAACGAGCAAAGCGUUCCUCUUACAACUACCAGAAUACCUCAAAUGUUUGGGGUAAGAUUCUUGAUCUCUAA